UUUUUUUAAUGCAGAGAAAGGCGUACGAAUGUGAUUCUAGGAAAGACAGCAGCCUCGAACGGAACCUCUUUUUUUUCUAACGCUGCCCAGGUUCUUUUCCUUUUUACACCAAUCCUCUCUUCUUCCCCUCCUUAAAAAAAAAAAAAAAAAAAAAAAAAAAAAACAUCCACUCCCCCUCAACUGUCCCCACCCCAGAUUCCCGAGCAAUUUUCCCCAAUCCCAAACACUUAAUUGAGCAAUUGGGUUUCCUCACGUGUCGGUUGAUUUGAAGUUUGAACACGUGGCUCAUUCAAAAAAAAAAACGGAAUAGAAGCGGAUUUUUUUUCCUCCCCUUCUUCUUCUUCGUCGCUUCUUCUUCUUCUCCUUGGUUGUAGUCGACCCAGAGGCGGGUGCCUGCCUGAGCGUGUGUGACAUUGUCCGUCUCUUCGGAGGAAGACACAAAGUAGUUUCGCCUCCUUUUUUCCCUUCCCUACCCAGCCCAUCGUCGUUUGGAAGAGCGUGCAAGAUUAAUAACUAAGCGUUUAUUUAUUGCGUGGUGAAAGAAGAGGCAGAGAGAGGGGCGAGGGAGCGCGAAGCCACUACGAGGCUGCCAGUUUAAAUCUAGGGUCGGUCCAUUCCGUAGUGCACUAAACGAGGUUUCUUUUCCUUUUUUUUUUGUUUUUCUUUUUUUUUUGUUUGUUUGUUUUGAGGCAACUCCAAACGCAGCACGGUCGCUAUCUGAGCCGUUGGGUGGUUCUUUUUGUUUGUUUUUUUUAUUGUUGUUGGUUGUGAACAUGAAUAAGCUAUAUAUUGGCAACGUGAGCGCCGAGGCCAGCGAAGAGGACUUCGAAACUAUCUUUGAGACGUGGAACAUUCCCCACAGUGGUCCCUUUCUGGUCAAAACCGGCUAUGCCUUCGUGGACUGCCCCGACGAGAAGACUGCAAUGAAGGCCAUCGAUGUUCUUUCAGGUAAAGUUGAACUCCAUGGGAAACUUCUCGAUGUGGAACACUCUGUGCCAAAACGUCAAAGGAGCUGUAAGCUGCAGAUCAGGAACAUCCCGCCUGACAUGCGCUGGGAGGUGCUGGAUGGCGUCCUGGCCCAGUAUGGGGCUGUAGAAUGCUGUGAACAAGUCAACACUGACACGGAGACUGCAGUUGUCAAUGUUCGAUAUGCAGCCAAGGACCAGGUCAGGCAAGCCAUCGAGAAGCUCAACGGCUCCAUGAUGGAGAACUGCGCUUUGAAGGUGUCUUACAUCCCGGACGAGACCGCCGCACCGGAGGGUCCUCCGGCGGCGGGUCGGAGAGGCUUCAACGCCCGCGGACCGCCCCGCUCGGGCUCGCCGAGCCUCGGCGCCCGGCCCAAAGUGCAGUCGGACAUCCCGCUGCGCAUGCUGGUCCCCACGCAGUUCGUCGGGGCCAUCAUCGGCAAGGAGGGCGCGACCAUCCGCAACGUCACCAAACAGACACACUCAAAGAUUGACAUUCACCGGAAAGAGAACGCAGGCGCCGCGGAGAAGCCCAUCACGAUUCACUCCACGGCGGAAGGUUGUUCAAACGCCUGCCGAACCCUCAUGGAGAUCAUGCAGAAGGAAGCACUAGACACCAAGUUUACUGAGGAAAUCCCACUAAAGGUUCUAGUACACAACACCUUUGUCGGAAGAUUAAUCGGCAAGGAAGGACGAAACCUGAAGAAAAUCGAGCAGGACACGGGGACCAAAAUCACAAUCUCGCCUCUUCAGGACCUGACCCUGUACAACCCGGAGCGGACCAUCACUGUGAAGGGCUCCAUCGAGGCAUGCGCCAGAGCGGAGGAGGAAGUGAUGAAGAAGAUCCGAGAGUCGUACGAGAGCGACAUGGCUGCCAUGAACCUCCAGUCUAACCUGAUUCCAGGCUUGAACUUGAACGCUCUCGGUUUGUUCCCCAGUGGCACACCCGGCAUGGGUCCAUCCAUGUCCCACGUCCCCCCUCCCGGAACCGGCGGCCCAGCAUUCGGAUGCAGUCCUUAUGGGGGCGAGGGUCCAUUUUGGGCUCCUGUGAUGUCGGCGAGCAGCCAGCCCCUCGCCGGACACCCAGAGUCGGAGACGGUCCACCUGUUCAUCCCCGCGCUUGCCGUGGGAGCCAUCAUUGGGAAACAGGGUCAACACAUCAAGCAGCUGUCGCAUUUUGCCGGCGCCUCCAUCAAAAUCGCCCCCGCGGAAGGAAUGGAUCCCAAACAGAGGAUGGUUAUUAUCGUCGGACCACCAGAGGCUCAGUUUAAGGCUCAGUGUCGCAUCUUUGGCAAACUGAAAGAGGAGAACUUCUUCGGACCGAAGGAGGAGGUGAAACUCGAGGCCCACAUCAAGGUGCCCUCCUUCGCUGCCGGACGCGUCAUCGGAAAAGGUGGCAAAACGGUAAACGAGUUGCAGAACCUGACCUGUGCCGAAGUGGUGGUGCCCAGGGACCAGACCCCCGACGAGAACGACCAGGUCAUCGUCAAAAUCAGCGGACACUUUUUUGCGUGUCAGCUGGCCCAAAGGAAGAUUCAGGAGAUCUUGGCUCAGGUGAGAAGACAGCAGCAGCCCAAGCCGGCGCCCGGCGUUCAGCCUCCGCUGCCCCGCAGGAAAUAACGUGCCAGCGUGCGCUGGAGGAAAACGGUGACUGAAGCUGCCUGACUCAUGAAGACGGUUGGCGGGACGGAUGCAGCGGAGUCCGGGAGGGGUGGGGGGGGUUCGACGACGAGGUGUUACGAACGCUCUUCUCAGGGGUCAAAGGUUAUUAGAAGCCUACCAAAACAUCCAGCCCCUCCGCGCCUCACUUGAACGUUCAAGUGUGGCUAAGAGACGCCCCCCCCCCAUCCCCCAUCCCCCUUACUUCUCCUCCUCCUACUCCUCUUCUCUAAACCGCCACCAACCUCACCUCUCUGCAUCACUGUAGGAAUGUAUCGGAGGGCUCCCGUCGACGUCACCUUGCCCUCACAUGUACGCACCCCUCGACCGCUCUCCUCCUCCCCAAAGGGCGUGUCUCUCUUUUUUUUUCUCCUCCCCGUUUUUUAUUUUAUGAUUUUUUUUUUUUUUUU